AAUCACGUGACCCAGCUCUUCCACUCCCAUGUCACCUUGCUGUUCCCUCCACCUCCCUCCUCUGUCCCUCUGUCUGUCUGACGCAGAGGCGGUGUGCAGAGUGUCAGGUGUCUCCAGGUUCCACUAAAGGAGUGACUCAACGGAAGUUCGCACAGGUAUCGAGAUAGCUGCCAGAGAUGGAAAGCGGUCCAUUCAAUCGACGGGCCUGGGCGGCACAGUCCCUGCGCGUCACUGCGAAGGAGCUGUCACUCAGUGGCCGAGGGAGAAACAAUGCCCUCGCUGAACGCUUCUCUAGGUAUCAGAGAGCUGCUGAGGUGGCAAGCACCGAGAAGAAAAAAGGAUCUUCUGAGGUUGCGUCACCCUCGCUGCGAACCGGCAACCUCAGCGCUCUGAAGAAGCGCUGGGAGCAGGCACAGAACAAGCCUUCUACCGUCCCGACUCCCAGCCAGUCCAGCUCUCGCAGCCGGCCUCUUGCUCUGUCCAGGCCUGCUUCCAUCAUCGAGCCCUGUCCUCCGUUAAAGAGCCCCGGCCUGCCGACCGCUCAGGGAGGUCAGUUUACAGCCAGUCGUGUCCAGCAGUCCGCGGCAGCUCCAGAAGGUGAAGAGCAGAGAGGGAUGGACGGGGAUCAGCUGACACACCGUGAAAGACCUGACAAGCUUGAAGAGCAAGUUCCAACCAGCCCCCGUGCCUCUUAUGAAAAAGCCAGUGUGCCACUGAACAACCUGAAGAUGAAGUUUGAGAGGGGAGAGGAAUCCAUGGGCAAGGGAGGCAAGACAACACGUAUACGCAGUACUUCAUCUGAGGACAUGGACCAACAUGGCGGUCAGUCUGUGCUUGACAGAGUGUUGGAGUCGACGAACAUGAGGGAGAAGAUGGCCAAGUACCAGGCUGCUGUUUCUAAACAAGGCGCCAAGCGCUCCGGUCUGACUCCAGAGGUGCCUGCUCCAAAAACAUCUGCACCAGUAAAUCAGAAACUCAUUGCUGCACCUGAGUGCAACGGGGAGAGCAGCGAGCAACCUAAAGCAUCCAGGAAGUUCAGCCCCCCGGUGAGGGAGACGUGCAUCGCUUGUCUGAAGACGGUGUACCCGCUGGAGAGACUGGUGGCUCUGCAGCACGUCUACCACAAAAGUUGCUUCCGCUGCAUUCACUGCAGCACAACGCUCAGUCUUGGGAACUACGCCUCUCUGCAUGGCAACGUCUACUGCAAGCCCCAUUUCAGCCAGCUGUUCAAAGCUAAAGGCAACUACGACGAGGGCUUUGGCCAUCGGCCUCACAAGGAGCUUUGGGAGCCUCGAGCUGAAGGAGAGGAAGGCGAGGAACCGGUGACGCCAAAGGAAAAAGAGGUACCAGCAGCAGCAGUGGUGACCCGUCCAGCUGAGAGCGUCUCAGACAAAGAGGAGACCCCGGCUGUGGAAACAUCCCCACAGGUUAAGGUUACAGACCUGACAGCCUUACUGGAGACACGUGUGCAGACACGUACCAGGUCUGAUGAGCAGCUUGAAUGUAUGGAGAAGCCAGCUGAGAAACGCAGGCUGAGGGUCGCCUGGCCUCCGCCGGCUGGCGAGGGCCCCUCUGGGACAGAAGCACUCAGUCCAGUCACGGAAGGAGUGUCUUCAGGCCGACCCUGGAGAGCCAAGUGGCCCCCAGGAGACGAGGUGGCUUCAUCCUUCCAGAGCACAGAGCGGGCUGAACUGAAAAGCCUGAGGAGGAGCUCUUCUCUAAAGGAGCGCAGUCGCCCUUUUACAAUCGCAGUUAGACCCAGCCCCGCAGCCAGUCUGGUACCCAAGGAACCUCGCCGCCCUCUCAAAUCCCUGCUGGAUUGGAAAACAUCAUUCGAAGAAAAACACCAAUUUGAAGAACCACCCAAAGAAAACAAGCCAGAGAUUCAGCAGGAAAAGAAAGAGAAGACGAAGCCUCAAAUACCGAGCGAAGACGCCGCAAAUGCAGUCGAGGAUGACGUGGAGACCGAUGGACAAGAGGUAAGAGAAGUACAGAAAGGAGAGGCAGCAGCAGACAAGGUGGCGGCAGAAGAAGGCUCUCUUAGAAGCAUCUCCCCGGACAUCUCACCGUCCCCCUCUCCACCUCUCCAGCCAAAACAGAACCGCGCCUCCCAGGAUGUGGGCUUCUGGGAGGAGGAGAAAGAAGGAAGUGAUGCCGAGGAGCUGAGUGCGGAGGAUAUAAUCAAGAGGAACCGCUACUACGACGAGGAGGACUCUGACUCAUAGGAACAUCUUAUUGUCACAUCCAUCCACCACAUAACACUCUCAGUUCAUAUAGAUCACAAAUGUAGCUUUGCCAGAUUUUAUAGUGUUAUAGGAGAGAUGCAAAAAAACAAUGUAAUAGGUGUGUAUACGUGCAUUUAUAUUACAAUAACUGCCUUUAAUUGUUAAAGUACAAAUGUUUGAUUUUUUUUUUUACAUUUGAAUUAUAUACUGUAAAAAAGAUCUAAUACAGCUUUUAUAUGAAUCCUGAUUAUACUGGAAGGUGGGCCUCUAUUAAACUGAAUCAUCUCUUGAUAAUUACAUUCACCGUCAGUGGCGUAUUAUUUGCAUGUAGUGUGUCCAAAAGCCAUUAUGCUUCAUGCGGCACUUUAAGUGCUUUUUAAUGACAGACAGUACCCUUCUGCAUCCAGUCAUUAUGUGUAUUUUUGCCCUUCCUAGAAUGCAGAAAAGACCUAAAUAUCUUAUACCAAAAAGCGCACACCAGUACUGUAUUUUUAAGAUGUUUUUGGAGAGUAAAUGUCUGGGCCUUUUGCGGUUCAUAUGUUUACAUAUUACCUCAAUUUAAAUUGUAAAUUGAAGAAAAAUACAAAACAGAACCUAAAUGAGAAAUGUCUGGAUUAGAUUUUAGCAAACCAACACAAGUACUACUACUAUUACAAUUAAUGGAAAUGUUAAAAUACUGUAUAGCAGACAAUAUGCAGCACCUGAACAUACAAACAGAUGAGUCGGUAAACCUUAAUAACACCAUCCUGCAGGGGGCUCUCUGGUUUGGUGAAGAAUUUUCCUGGUGCUGGUCCAAAAUCUGCUUCUGAUCUGUUCUAAUCAACAUUACCACAAUAUUGGGAGAAAAUAUGAUUAAUCAAGGUUUUGACUGAUAGCUAUCCUUUCAGUCUAAUAGUAUAUAGUAUACAGUAUCAUCUCCUUGGGCCUUCUGGAUUUUUGUUUUCAAAUAUGAUCCACUUUAUUUGGUUUGUAAAACACUUUGUAUUUUAAAAUGUGCCGUGGAAUAUAUGUUUCCCCCGCAGAAUAUUUUUUAAUAAUUUGUAUGAUGACACAUUGGGCAUUACAGUCUGAACUGUUGUUGAAACACACCAUUAAAAUGUAUCAAGAAGGAAA